GAAAUCGAUCAAGAUGGCACGAUCGACGCCGCUGCUACUCCUUCUCCUGGCGAUGGUCCUUGUCGACGCCGCCAAGAUGCCGAUGCGGAUGCCGGCGGACAUGGUGGCGCGGCCCCGCUUCCCCCGUCGCGACACGCCCUACCCGGUGGCGUACAACGUGCACAAGACGUUCCGGGCGCGCGACGUCAACGCGCUGGAUCAGAACGCCGCGCAGAAGGCCAUGCUGGAUGUGCGGCAGACGAUCGCCGAGGUGCAGCGGCUGCUGUCACUGGACCCGUCGCUGCCACGGCUUACUAAGGGGGAAAUUGAGGAGCUGUUUGAGAACGUGACCAAGGAGGAGUUGAACAAGUCGCUGCGUGAGGGAGAUCACGCGCGAGCGCAGCACAUGAGGGCGCUGAUGCUGGUGUUGCCGUACCACACGAACAACAUGAAUCCGGACAAUUUGCAGACCAUUUAUAACACGCCGCCGGUGACGAAGAUCGUGGCUGGGGAGGAGGUGGCGAAGGCAGGUGGUACGACAACCGGUCGACCGGUGUUCCGGCAGCGGAGUACGACCACGGAGAAGGUUAGCACUACGGCUGUCCCGAUAACGACGAUCCGGUUUACGACGCCGAAGCCUACUACGUUCCACCCGGCGUUGCCCAGCAAGAUGAGGGAGGAGGUGAAGCCUGCUACGAUCGCGGAAGAGUUGGUGCAGAAUGUGGAACCGACGGAGGUGGUGGAGAUCGUUACGGAACCGCUUGAGGUGGAGUCCGUGGCAACGGAGGAGAUUAAGCAGCAGGAGAUUAAUGACAUUCUGGCUUCGAUUGGGUUCGGGGAUGGCGUUCCACCCACGUUCAAGCCACUUCCGGUGGAGAUGACCACUCCGAAGGAGAUGGGAGUGACGGAAGGGCCUGCAGAGAUGAAUGACGAGUUGAAGAUGCUGUUGAGGUCGUUUGGGUUGUUGGGUGAUGACGAAGAAACGGUGGGAAUCGCCCCGUUGCCGCAGCUUGAUAUUCCGGAACAGUUGACGGAGAUUCAGCCGUCGCACCUCGUUCAGACGGAUGGGUUGAAGGUAGAAGAGGCGGAACCGGAGGUUCCAGUUAUGGCAAAGCCGGACAUCAGACCAGACGAUUUCGUUGCGUUCAAACCACUGCCAAGUGACUCCAGCAAGCUGAACGAUGACCUGGACGAACUGCUCAAGUCCUUCGGACUGCUCGACAACAGCGGCCGCAACAAGAAGUCGAUGGAUCAACAGACCGCAACCGAGGGAGCUACUGAAAUGGCCCAAAUGCCCAUGAUCGACCAGGAUCUGGUUCAAAUCCCGCAGAUGGCGUCCAUUCUGGACACGCUCGGAAUCCAAACCAUGAACAACAAGAAGGAACGCAGCGGUCGCAAGUACGAAUCCAAGAAGGAGUCCACCGAGAUGAAAUCCAACGGAGUCGGCGCGGCCAAAUCCAAGAAGAAGGUCGAAAACGAAGACUACCGCAAGCUCGAGCAGCUCUGGGAAACGAUCCGCGAGCUGGAGAAGCUCAACACUACCCUGACGGACGAUUCCCUGGCCGCGCUAAACCUCAAGAACUUCAACCUCAGCGAGUCCCUCCUCGCCCAAGGCCCCAACCCCCUCGAGAGCCUAGACCUCACCCGAGCCAACGAAGUCAAGAAGAAGCGCCAACAACCGGAAAAAUCCACAACCGAUACCCCAACCCGGAUCUCCCUGGACCUCGGAGUGACCUCCGACGCCAAAAACGUCUCCUUCGAGAUCAUCUCAACGACCAACACCGAACCGCGUACCCCAAUCGUCGACGUUGAAUCCCCAGCCGACCCCACCUCAAGCACAACCUCCACCACAACCUCCACAACCACAACCACCACCGAACAAUCGGCGCGCCUCUCCGCCCUCGAGGACUCCUUCGGCGGCGGUGGCGUCGACCCCGUAGCCCAGGAACCACUCCCGCAGCCCCGUCGCAACGGGUUCUACUUCCUCGCCGACUGGAACUCGUUCCUCGAGGUGGGCGAAGACCCCAACAAGGUCGUCAUCAACUUCCGGCCCCAGGCCGGCGAUCCGAGCCGGUUCCUGCCGGUCAGCGUGCCGUAAGAAUGAAGAUUUGCUUGAGAGAAGCGAAAAAUGUUGGCAUUUUUUAAAAAGUAACUUAAUAUCCUGAAGUGUCUCGAAUCGAAUUCCGAGAGAAUCGUGCUGCCAAUACGAACAACUAGAAAUCGUUUAGGGUAGGGUCCGUGUAGUGAUAGUC